UAGUGCUUGCCCUCUUUCCCCUCGCCUUGCGUUGCCUUCGCCUCUACUGCCUGGUGGUGUUGGUACAGCACGCAAUACCUUAUGCAACAUUUCUUGGUGGUCUAACAACGCUGAGGGCGUCGAUCGCCGUGGAGGCAUCGGAGACAACCGUACUGACCGUACGGGCAGUAUGCGAUGGCGCGGUGAUGGCCACGCCGGGGGGUCAAGGCAUGCCCUACGGCGGCCCCUUCACCAGGCCCCCUUACCUGGUUCCGCCGAUGCCCGAGAGUGCUCCCAAGUCGCCCCAAGGUGCUCCCGGAGCGCCCCGUGGUGCACCCGCCCCACACUCCAUGCCCUAUUCGGCCUCUCUAUCCCACGGCGACAGCGCGCAUGUGGGCAAGGAGGGUGCCCCACAGCACUUCUACCAGGGGGCCCCUGGCAACCUGCCGCCGCCGUCCAUGACCCAGCCAAAGCCGCAGCCAAAGCAACAGCCCAAUGGGCCGCUGCCACCGGCCGUCAACGGUAGUUGGCCGGCCUAUCCAAGCCAAGCCAACGGACCCACCCAGAAGCCACCGCAGCUGCAAGUGCCUUCCGGAGCUGCAGGUGGCGGUGCUGGACACUCCUCCUUCCCCCUGCCGCCUGCACCCGGCACCCUUCCGCUGCCCGGAGCCACGGUGCCGUCUAGGGUCUCCCAGGGCUACCACCAUCAGCAGCCUGCCGGUUCCAGCCCCCUUGCGACGCCCAAUGUAUCCGAGCCCACGUCCACAAAGUCCUCUCGGAACGCUUCUCCGAUUCCCACUCAGCGUUACGAUUUCAUGGAGGGACAGUUCUCUUCACCCAGGCCGAGCCCGGUGAACCAAGGACCACCCAACGCCAACAGCCAUCCGCCGCUCCGUGGACCUCCACCCCCCACCACAUUCCGGCCGCCCGUUCCGGGUGCUCCUGGCGCGGGACCGCCGGUUACGGGACCGCUGUUGACGGGCCCCUACGCCUCUGGUCCUCCUCCUUCGGGACCACGCCAAACUGUACCACACCAAACCCAAACUGGACCACAUCAAACCCAAACCGGAACACACCAAAUUGGACCACCUGCCUCCGUUCCACCACCCUUCUCCGGACCACCCCUGCCUUCUGGACCCCCCGUGUCAUCUGGCCCACCCCCGGCCUCAAUUCAGAGUUCCCGCGGGGUUCCAACGCUUCCUCCAUCUUCUAUGGCAACUGGCUUCGGACCACCGGUCUCGAGCGCGAAUGUCUAUCCGGGUUACGGACCCCCUCCGGGACCUGCGAUGGGACCCCCCCCUCCUGGCGGACCUGGCCUGAGGUAUCCCAUGGGCCCCCCACCCACGCAGGGCCCCCCGCCCACGCAGGGCCCCCCGCCCACGUCGUCUUCAUCCUUCGGGCAGUCGGGAUACCAGGGAAGGCCAUCAUACCCGCAGCAGUUGGGGUACAGCCAGCAGGGUCCCCCGCCGCCCCAGUCCACGGGCCACCCGCACCGGGACGCGGCGGGUGUUGCGCCCCCUCCGCCCAUGUACAACACCCAGAACCAGCACGGCCUGGAGCCGCCCCCGGGUGGGGUGACCGGCUACGACGCCGAGCUGCACUCCCGCAUGACGGGCAUGAGCAUCAACGGCAGCUUCAGCAAGCUCUGGGGCUACGAACCGUGCAACCUGCUUCAGGACCGCAAUAUUCUUCCCAAGGCUCCGGAGGAAGCCCCCCGGCCCACCCUUCCGGGCGAAGGGGCCAACUGCUCGCCCGAAAUUUUCAGGUGUACCCUGACCAAGAUCCCGGAGACGCAGUCGCUCUUACAAAAGGCCCGCCUACCCCUAGGAAUUCUAAUUCACCCCUUCCGGGACGUCGACCACCUCCCGGUGAUUCAGAGCAGUACCAUCGUGAGGUGCCGGUCGUGCCGUACGUACAUCAAUCCCUACGUCCAGUUCGUCGAGCGGCAAAAAUGGAAAUGCAACAUCUGUUUCCGAAUCAAUGCACUGCCCGAAGACUUCAUGUUUGACCCGUCGAGUCGGAAGUAUGGAGACCCCGAGCGGCGGCCUGAGGUCCGGCAUGCCACGGUUGAGUUCAUUGCACCAUCCGAAUACAUGUUGCGACCCCCGCAGCCUGCCGUCUACCUAUUUGUCCUGGACGUCUCGCACGGUGCAAUUCAGACAGGGUACCUGUCGUGUUUCUGCAAGGUGCUCCUGGAAGAGCUGGACAACAUUCCGGGUGACAGUAGGACGCAGGUGGGCUUCAUCACGUUUGACUCAUCGGUGCACUUCUACAACCUGGGGGAGGGACUCAGCCAGCCCCAGAUGCUGCUGGUGUCGGACAUCGAAGAUGUGUUCCUGCCAUCUCCGGACAGCCUACUUGUCAACAUUGCUGAAUGCAGAGGGCUGGUGCAAGAGCUGCUGACAAACCUGCCUGCCAUCCACGCGCACAACGGCGAGCCCACAAGUGCACUGGGUGCGGCUGUCCAGGCGGCGUACAAGCUCAUGAGCCCCGUUGGUGGAAGGGUGUCCGUCUUCCAGACCUGCCUUCCCAACGUGGGGCCUGGGAACCUGAAGCCCAGGGAAGACCCCAACCAGAGGGCUGGAAAGGAAAUUGCUAACUUGCUGCCUGCCAUUGACUUCUACAAGAAGCUGGCGCUAGACUGCUCUGGCCAGCAGGUUGCAGUGGACCUCUUUCUCAUGGGGGCCCAGUACAUGGACGUCGCAAGUCUAGCCUGCAUCUCCAAGUACUCGGCGGGCUGCAUCAACUACUACCCAGGCCUCCACAGCACGCUGAACAAGGGGCAGAUGGAAAAGUUUGAGGCUGAGCUCCGGUACUACGUCACCCGCAAGAUUGGUUUCGAAGCGGUCAUGAGGAUACGCUGCACGAAAGGGCUGAUGAUCCAUACCUUCCACGGCAACUUCUUUGUCCGGUCGACCGACCUGUUGUCUCUGCCCAAUGUGAAUCCGGACGCCGGCUUCGGAAUGCAGAUCGCCAUCGAGGAGAGCCUGACCGAUUGCAACCUGGCCUGCUUCCAGGCUGCCGUGCUGUACACCUCGAGCCGGGGGGAGAGGAGAAUCCGGGUGCACACACUAAGCCUCCCUGUCACGGCGCUGCUCCAGGACAUUCUGGGCUCCAUCGAUCAAGAGGCUGUGGUGGGGCUGCUCUGUAAAAUGGCGGUGGACCGCAGCCUGUCGUCGUCGGUGGUGGAUGCGAGGGACGCCCUGGUCAAUGCCUGCCAGGACCUGGUGCAGGCCUUCAGGGCCACGCUGAGUGCGGGACAGGCGUCGGCGGGGCUGCCCAUUCCCCACUGCGCCCGCCUGGUGCCCCUCUUUGUGCUUGCACUGAUGAAACACACUGCCUUCCGCGUUGGCGUGAGCACCAAAUUGGACGACCGGGUCUUCGCCAUGGAGCAGAUGAAGAGCAUGCCCCUGUCCUACCUGAUGACAUACAUCUACCCGGCACUCUACCCCGUGCACAUGCUAGACGAUCAGAACGCCCUGAAGCUGGAAGACGGUACCCUGGUGUCGCAGCCACCACGGCUCCAGCUGUCCUUCGAGAAGAUCGACCGACACGGGUGCUACCUGCUGGACACGGUGGAACGCCUCUACCUCUACCUGGGGAGGGCAGUGUCGGACCGGUUCUGCGUCAACGUCCUCGGAGCUUCGAACUUUUCCGCUGUGCCCGACGACAUGACGGAGCUGCCGGAGCUGUCCACUCCGGAGUCUGAAAGAGUACGGAACUUCAUAGCAUGGAACCUUUCGAGGCGGCCUUACUACAGUCCACUCAGAGUGAUCAGGGAGGACAGCAAAGACAGGCACCUGUUUGUCCAACAUUUGGUGGAUGACAGAACAGAGUCGGCACUUUCAUACUACGAGUUUCUUCAACACCUCAAGCAGCAGCUCAGCAAAUAAGAUGUUUCUUUUGUUUUUUGUCAUCUUGGUGGAAGCUAGUUCUGUUUGUUUUCAAAGACUCGUGCGAACGUGUGUGUGUCUGCGUGUGCACCUUACGGCAGAACACUUCACCGACAGGACAACUGUCCAGAACUUGCGAAGAAGGAUGUUCAUGAGAUUUGUGUCCUUGAAAAUAGAAUGAAAGGGAAAAAAAAAAACAUGACCACUCUUUUUUUACUUUUUUUUUUUCAGCAGUGGAUGGAUUUUGCAUGUGUCUGGGUGGUUUUAGAAAGCGCCAGUUAUUUUUCGUGGCGAUUGGUUUUUGUCUUUUGUUGAAAACACAAAAACCUGCAGGCGUGCACGCCCUUUUCCCCCCCGUGUCAAAUGUUGUAAAGAUUGAAAACAGUUUUUUUUACACACGCUGCAAUCUUUUUGCAUGGUGUCGUUACCGUGGCAGCCAAAAUUACCAAGAAAUUACAUCCGACUGUUGUGGCUGUUUUGCCAAUUUGGUAUUUUCACGGCCGUGCAAACUGCACACUUUUCCCGUUUGGAUGUAAUGCUUGGCUCGCAGGCUUUGUUCUUGACUGGAGGUCUCUCGAAUUGUACACAACAUUUGACCUUGAUGGCCUUGUACAAAUGCUGCUAAAUUUCCUCGUAAUUUGUAUCUUACGACUCACUUCAGUAAAAGUCGAAGAGCAGUUGCAAUCGAUCCGCUUGGUGUGGUGUGCAUGUCUGGGGUGCAUGCGCUUACAAAACUUUGUUUUUGUGGUUAAGGCAUUCUUUUAUUUUGUGGCUGGUGACUGACUGGCGCUCUAUCCUUUUAACGAAGUGCAUGCUGUUCAUUGCUUUGGCAUGCAUGCCAGAAAGGGGGUGGGGGGGAAGUGUACAUAAACAUAGGUAUAUACAUUAUAUACAUAUAUAUAUAUAUUAUAUAUAUGUUGAAAGCGAUUGUGUUUGCUGUUUGAUAUAGGUGCCACUAGGAAAGUUUUAUCGCAUUGUGUAAAGAACUAGGAAUCUGCAACUUUUUUUUUUUUUCGUUUUCUGUGUUACGUGGUAUAAGAGUACCAAAUAAAUUAUGCAUUCUUAUGCUAUACUUGCUCGGCAACUGGUUCUAUUAAAGUCCGCUCACCGCUGUGAAGUGGCCUUCCAGGCUUUCCAGUUUGUAUUCGUUUAAUUUUAAAGGGGCAAAUGCAAAAUGUGUAAUUUUUUAAUAAAAUUGACCAACCUUGGAACAAACUAGUAAUAAA